GAAGAGCGGCCCGCCGCCAAGCAGGAAUAAAGUGGCGGCUCUCAACGCCAUGACUACCGAGGGGAUCGUCUAAGCUGUUGCACCGCGCUUUCAACAGAUAGAUGGGCAUGUACGGUACAUUGUACCCAGUAAAUCAUCUCCAAAAUGAAGUCACAGACGUCAAUUGUUGAUGGAGUACGAUCUCCACCUGCUUGUUCCGACGUGACUAAUAGGUAUAGCAAUGCAUUGUCUGCACCAGACAUUCCGUACUCGCUCACAACAAGCACUGGUAUUGUGAGUCACAAUGUAAGAAGGGAGCCAUUCGAAGUAUUGUAUUGCGCGAAACGAGGGGAAAAGACUCGUCCAAGGAGCUGCCAGCCACUGUUUCGUCAUGCAGUGAAGGCUACGCUCAACAGCUUGCAGUUGGUAAAGAUCUACCGCUGCUGUUGGUGUCUGCUUUAGUCUCCAACUCAACCAGAAAAUUAGACACGAAACCUCUGACGACCAAUUAUUAUUUUUUCUGGAGCUCGAGUUACGCUUAGCGUGUGCAUAUGGGGAUGUGAGUUGAUGCCAUCCUUUGUAUUAGCAACGCCUUUAAAUCAAUGGUACUCGGUGACGACACAAAGACCAGCGAACGCCGAUAAACUGUAAGAUAUGCGGAUGAUCGAGAGUAAACAUGAACAUGACUUCAUAGAGGAACGCAUUGAUUUGCGUGAGGGUCUUGGGCAGCAGCAUUUUAACCGCGACGUGAUGCCCGUUGUACGUUCCAGAAUACACUUUGCCGAAAUCCGCCUUUGUUGAUGAGGAAUCUCUCUCUACAAUUAUCUUCAACUCGCAGCGAUGAUAACUUCAUCGCCCCAGACUGCACCAUGGCUUUCCAGGCAGAGCUCGACAGACCGUCGGACAGUGUGUUCGUCGUAGGCUUGAACUCUCACGUGGCCCCUUGUGUUGUGCCGUCGGAGCGAUUUUUUUUUUUGCUCAACGCUACCAGACUCAAGAAAUUCAUUCCAAUUGCUUCUUCUUCCUGUUACGACACUGCCAACGCAUUAGAAUCCAGUAGCCAGCAACAAGAGAACGAUUCACUCGAUUGUAAUGCCUUCAUGACCCCGGUACUUACGCCACAGUCGGACGAACCACCGGGUACAGGACGAUUCGUCGCUGAUCUAACCAGUGUAUUUACUCCCGAUGUAGUAUUCAUAUGUGUGACUUGUGAAGAGAUCUUCUGA